GGUGAAAAUCACUAGUUUUUACUUGUUAGUUGAUAUAUUUUGCUACGUUACUUUUCUUUGUGAGCUGCAAUGAUGUGAAAAGUCACGACCAAGAAAAGAAUGUCCAUUAACAUAACGGUACACGCAAAAGAUCAACCGACGCCGUCGACUCUUAAGGAAGCUAGCAGUAAUCCUUUCGCAAGCUUGGAAACUGUUCGCAAAGCGGAAAAUGAAAGGCGGCGCAAGGCUCGGCUGGAACAGGUUCGCCAGCAAUCCAAGGAACUCGCUGCCAAGGUGCGAAAAAACUACCAAACCGCUAAACAACAACAACUGGCAUGCGUGCAGAAGGUCAAACAGGACGAAUUGAAACGCUGGAAACAACAAAAUAUUGCAAAGCUACAAGCUGAAUAUAAGCAAUGCCUUGACGAAGUAGGUGAAGCUCAUAAGGCAGCGGAAGCUGCAGAGCAGUGCGAAGUCUGGUUCCAAGAACGAAAGGCAACCCAACAAGCCGCUGCCCUUUCAAGGGGCAAGCAAGCGGAAGCGAAGCUUGCCGAGCAACAGCGAGAGAGAAAAAGUAGACAAACGAAAACUAAAAAGGAUUACAAACCAUCCAAAUCGGUAGGGAUUCAAGUUUCUGUUCCGGUAAAAGAAAAUCAAACGGAUGAAAGCGUUUCCUCCGCAAAUACUCUUAGUGCAUUUGAACAGUACAAGAAAGGUUCUAAAGCAAGAAGCGCUGAAAAUUUACCCGUACAACAAUCACAUCUGCUUUCGCCGGAAUUUAUUUCAUCGGAUGAAGAUGAGCAUUUGGCAGGUGCAGGUAAAAAUAAGGAAAAUAUUCCAUCUCAGAAUGUUCCUUCCAAGCGGAUAGACACCCUUUAUUACAACGCUACAUCGUUCACUUCACCGGAAACAUUACACAGCUUAGCACCUGGCUCUCAUCAAACGACACAACUUAACAAAUCUACUACUUUAAAACCUUUCACACAAGUGUCCGAUUUGGUCAGGCGACGAAGAGAGCAUACGUCGUCGCAAAAAUAUUCACAACCGCAAGGCAGUUACUCCUCUCAGAAAAAUGUACAGUUUGAUGAUUUCAGUGAGAACACUCUUUCUUUUCCAACGAGCGCAGCACUGGACCGAUCGAUACUGGAGUCCCCCAGAAAGCCAGUUCGUAAGUCGGUCGAGCAGCCGAAAGUCCCGCCCGUGGUGGUUUCUUCUAAAAUGAAAAGUUUGACAACUACCAGCCCAUCAAAACAGUCUACACACAGGGCACAGGCCAGCCCAGGCGACGGUUCCAAAGUGCAGUACUAUGACUACAAUACCAAGUACAGGAAAGAGUACGAUCAGCCGACGUCGCUGGUGCAACGGAACGAAAAGGUCGACGGCACAUUGAAUGCCAUGCAGGAAGCCGUCCGAUACGAGCGACUCCAGCAGGAUAUGCUGAACGCACGGAGGCAAACUUCGUCAACCGCAACGGAUCGUUCUAAAGUGGCGCUUGAGAAGCUACAAUCAAGAAAGGAUUAUGAAAACUUGAAAGCCGAGUUGGAUAAACUGGUUCGAGUUGAGAAGCAAGCGAAAGUGCUGGAUAUGACUAAAAGACCGCAGCCGACGCAAGCGCAACAACGCAAGCAACAAGAACUACGUCAAAAACGAGCUAACGAAGCAGUGGAAGAUCUGAUUAAACAGAGAGUGCUGAUCACAUGUCCACAGGUGCGCGAUCUACCAAGAAAUGCUCCGCCAAUCCCAUCGGGCAGGCCAGCACAAAUUAACGUAGCAGCUGCUCCGGUUUCAGGAGACGAUUCCGUUGCUGCACGAGAUGCCAGUAACUCCGAUAGCUGCAGCACAAUACUGAUUGGUUAUGAUCCGAAUGCCGUAAGAGCGGGAAUCCCGCUGCCAACGGGAGCUGCGAAGGAACAAGAUAGAGUCGCAAAGUUGAAAGAUUUACUGGAACAACUAAACGAACAGAAGAAAUUGCUUUGUUAUGAACUGAAGCGAGAGCAAGAGGCCGAACGUGAGCUGACGGCCCCCAUUGAGAUAGCACGGAAGUCGACCCACAGUCAAACUGAUAAUGGAAUACACAAAUUACAACAACGGCAAAUUCGAUUGGAACAGCAACAGGAAGAGCUACGUAAAAAGGAGCGUGAAAUUCAGGAACUUGAAAAGCAACUGAAGGAUAAGCUGGAUCAGUUAGCGAAAGAACAAGAUAAGAAGAGGAAGGUUCCCAUCGUUGUGGAAACCAGAGGUGCUGGAAAAGCCGAAGUACAAACAGGCGUGGAUGUUUCAUCUAACGAUUCAAAUGCUAGCAUUCAAUCCGGCUCUGAAAUACCUGUUAAAAUUAUUAUUACGCUAAAUGAUAAGUCUCAGAAAAAGAUAAGGAAAACACCGAAAAAGUCUGCACCCGAAGCUAGAAAACGAAAGAAGGUUAGAGAUGUUGUGAACGUUGAUAGGCCUGAUGGUUCUUCCCCUCAGAUGCCGAUAAUAUCAAAGCCCGUUAGUGUUCCUUCUGCUGCGAUGGUACCCAAUCCACCCAAGGAGACGGAGCAGUCUCCCAUCAGUUCAACCACCUCAACCGUUUAUCGUCAGCCACCGGAGAAAAUUGACAAUCGCAUGAGUCAGCUUUUGAGACAAAUCAAUCAGGCUCGCAGGGGCGACUCGGCAGUAAAAUCUGUUCCGAAACACCAGCUCCGAAAGGAAGCGUUGCCUCCGCCAACGAUUCCUGCAGGAAGCAGUAGCAAGAAAGGGCUAAAUCCAACACUGAUGCAGUACAUCAUUCGUUUACUCGGAAUGUCUCGACACUCGAUUGAGCAGUUGGGCGUUAGCUCAUCCACCACGGUUUCCACUCCACGCGAUUCGGUCGUCGAUGUCAGCGCGAAUCGGUCGUCGGCUAGCAGUGCCGAGGAAGUGGACCACUCUCGGCUUGACAAAUUGCGUCGGUUCAUCGAUGAAAAUUAUAACUUUCUGCAUGAAAUCGAUGAAACGCUUAAAGAGCAAACACUGAACGGUACUCUGGAUGAGAACAUUAGUAGGGUUGGUGAUAUCUGGAUGAGAACACUAACUAGAAAGGAACGCGAGUCUCAGCAACAACAGCAGCAGCAGAUGAAUCUCGACCGUGAAAAGGUAACUGAAAAGUCGAAAAAACCAAUGGCAAUUCAGCAGUCUCCUCCAGUCAGGGAAAGUUCUCUGAAGUCGAUCCUCAAAUCACCUAAAAAAGCUCCUUCAAAUGUUGCAAAAAUAAUCACUCCUCAAGGUCAUGUGGAAAUAAUCAAUCUGAACGACCACGACGAGCAGGAAAUACUAGAAAAAUAUUCACAGCUAACGGAAAACUGCAGCAAAAGGAUUAACGAGCUCUCGGAAAUGAUCCAAAAGGUGCGAGAAGAGAAGCGAAAGUUGAUCGAACACAGUCUAUCCUCCAGUGAGCAGCAGGAAUCAACCAAAUACUUGGAUUUGCCCAAAUCGUUGCAUGUUGUUGGAUCUCCGCAGGUGAGGCCUGCGGGCGACCCUGUAGAGCAGCGCAGCCCUCAGUCGGCGAAAGAUGAUCCGGUCAGUGAGGAAAUCAAUCACAUUUUCACCGCUUCACGACACAUCGGGGUCAGUAAGGACAGUGGAAUUGCCAUGUCGCGACCGGUAACAUCGUCCGACAUACGUGACAGUCCCGAUGUGAGACCUGCAAAUGCUGGAGCGCCACAAUUCGAAUCGUCUGAGGAUGUCAGUUCGAAGGAUGCUGUACGACCGACGGAACCGCCGGUUGCUAGUUUCGAGCCCUUGCUGAAGGAUAUUCCCAAGGUUACAGCCCGUGUUCUAUCGAUCGAAAAUGGUAGUCAACAGUUCGAAGCGAAGGACAAUGUUGCUGGUAAGCGUACCAAGCCACCGGUUGCCAUCAGCCGCUUUAGUCCGCAGCUGGAUGAAGCAACCAAUGCUCACGAACUGUCAACAAUUCUUGAAGUGGAAACGCCCAUGGCGUCGAAGGUAAACAUUUCUAUUCCUUCUACCAGUGAAAAGUUGGAACUUUUGGACGAUCGAAGUAAACUGCUGGAAUAUGCGCGGGCUUUGGGUUACGAAGGUUUUCCCAACUAUGAAGAGUAUGUGCGACAAAAAAAUCUAGAAGCUACACGAUAUGAUCCGGAGAAAACCAAUGGAGCACGCUCGAAUAAUCUUUUGCUAGAGGUAACCGACAAAAGUGAUCUCCUGCGAUACCACCAGUACCCGGUUCCAGCUCCGGACAUAAACGUAACUGAAGAUACGCUAAAAGAUGCUGGCGAGGGAUCAGGGUUGAAGCAACCCGAACUGGAAAGUAACUCCAGCUCCAGUACUUCGUUGCCGGAUGUAGUGGCCGAAUUGAAGCUUCGAAACAUAAUCGACAAAUCGUUCAACAAUUCUUUGGAUGAUUCCAACCGUUCUACACCCAAUUCAGAGUCCAUAGAAAUUGAGCAGCUCAUUCCGUUCGCAAAACAAUCACCUUCGAAGAGAAAACAUUUGAAAAACCCAAUCGAUAUUCACCCGAAACAGCACGGUCAAUCCGUAUCAGAAACAACAGGAUCGCUGGAGCGUGAUUUGAACCAACUGGGACUGAGUUGGGCAACUACAAUGUUGAAAAAGAAUCAAGAACGACAGCAACAGGAUCACUCCAGUAGCUCAUCGUUAUCCUUAGCCAUUGGCGAAGAAAUUCGCCGUGGAAAUGUUCUGCACAAGCCAGCUGACUGUCAAGAUCCGCACGAACCCGGACCCGGGGCAUCCGGUAAACCGCUGAACCUGAAAGAGUUCAUAGCUCGUGAGCUCAUGAUACGUUCCAAUUCGAAUCUAAACGCCCUGUCUAGCUCAUCGAGUCCAUGUAGCAUACUGUUAAAAUCCCUCCUCGACAUAAGUAAUAUCAACUGCUCAACAUCGGAACUGCUAACACCACCGACGGAUAAAAAUGUUCAGCGUACUUCCACUCCGGUGCCGUCUAAAUCAUCCUCCAAUACGACAGGUCACGCCGAACCGGAUCGUACUACUAGAGAACCGAGCCUGAACGUUGCUGGCGGUCUAUUUUCCGGUGAAUCUCGAAUUUCCUCCGUUCACAUGAGUUCAUCGUCCGGUGGAGAACUAGCCGUUCCUAACGUUAGACUGAUCGCGGAUAGCAGCAGCAGAGCAAAUCCUAACGACAGCAAGCAACGGACGUUAACGUGAAGAGAUAGUGCCUUUGUGAACCAGUUUUUUUUAUAUCUUGGUAAUGCUUUUUGCUCAAAUUGUAAGCAUGUUGAAAUAGUUGAUAAGCGAUACAAUUCAAGUUAUUAACCAUUAAGGAGAUGCUCCAACCGAGGGUUGUAAGAUUUUAAACUGGUUGUUAGUUGGGGUUGAUAAAUUGUUCAUUAGCAAGGAUGAUAGAAAUUAAGUUUCUUUUUUGCCGACUUUUAAAAUUAUGCGACGAAUAUUUGUU